UACUCACAAACCUUAGACUUACAAUUAAUAAUGAAGUUGUGGGUUUUAAUACUUCUCUCUCUAUUUCUGUCCUGUCUCCUUGCUUGCUCAGCGGAGCAAUGUGGGACUCAAGCUGGUGGUGCCGUGUGCCCCGACAAUCUAUGUUGCAGCCAAUGGGGAUGGUGUGGCACCACCAGUGACUACUGCGGCAAUGGCUGCCAAAGCCAGUGCGGCGGUGGUGGUGCUAGUGUUGAUGAAGUUGUUGUUAAUGAUAUUGGGGGUGUGAUCUCUAAAGACAGGUUCGAGAAUAUGCUUAAGCAUAGGAAUGAUAACGCUUGUCAAGGCAAGGGAUUCUACACAUAUGACGCUUUCGUCACCGCUGCUAAGUCCUUCCCUGCCUUUGGCUCCACCGGCGAUGACGCCACCCGUAAAAAGGAGAUCGCUGCUUUUCUUGCACAAACUUCCCAUGAAACUACUGGAGGUUGGCCUACUGCGCCUGAUGGUCCUUAUGCUUGGGGCUACUGCUUUGUUAGCGAGCGAAAUCCGCCAUCUAAAUAUUGUGAUCCUAAAUAUCCGUGUCCUAAGUCAUACUAUGGCCGUGGUCCUAUUCAACUCUCAUGGAACUACAACUAUGCACAAGCUGGACGAGCGAUAGGAGCGGACCUGAUAAACAAUCCAGACCUUGUAUCAACUAAUGCUGUCAUAUCCUUCAAGACAGCAAUUUGGUUCUGGAUGACUGCACAGUCACCAAAACCAUCUUGUCACGAUGUGAUUACAGGAAGAUGGAGACCAUCUGGUGCUGAUAACGCGGCUGGCCGGGUUCCAGGCUAUGGUGUUAUCACAAACAUCAUCAAUGGAGGGAUUGAAUGUGGCAAGGGACGUAACCCACAAGUGGAGGACAGGAUUGGCUUCUUUAGAAGGUAUAGCCAGAUACUUGGAGUUAACCCUGGAACCAACUUGGACUGCUACAACCAGAGGCCUUUUGGGUCUGGACUCGUCUUGUUGGAAAGUAUGUAAAACAACUACUAGUCUACUACUGCUCCUUAAAACAAUAUAUAUGUAUGUUAUGAUCAGACUAAUGCUCUCCAUCUUGAGAGAGCAUUUUGUGUUUAUGUAAUGUGAAAAUGGUGAAUAAAUAUUAUAGGAGCAGUACUGUUAUGGAUAUAA